AUGGGCGCCUUUUACGAAACCCUCCCGCCGUCACUUAUAACGUGGCUUCUCCAGCAGAAAGUGUUCUGCAUCGGGUCCGCGCCGCUCAGUGGUGCGGGGCACAUCAACGUCUCGCCCAAGGGAGUGACGGACAGAGGAGGAGCAGGGCCGUUCUUUGGCGUGAUCAAGGAAUCCAAGUCGGUUCCGGGCAAGGUGUAUCCGCCCUCCACGUCCACGUCGACUUCGACCGCCGGCGGCGGUGACGACCACGAUGAGACCGAUGCCGACAACAACAAUAAAGAUAUCGUCGUCAGGAAAUUCUGGUACGUGGAUCUCACGGGCAGUGGGAUCGAGACGACGAGUCACUUGCACGAACCGGGCAAUGGGAGGAUCACGGUCAUGUUCAUGGCGUUUGACGGACCGCCUAGAAUCUUGAGGUUGUAUGGAAAAGGCAGAGUUUUAGAGUACGGGACACCUGCAUUCGACGAAAUCGUAGCGUCACAGGGCGUCAAGCUCAUACCGGGCACGAGGUCGAUCAUAGUCGUCGAUAUCGACCAGGUCGGAACGUCGUGUGGGUUCAGCGUGCCCAAGUACGACUUUGUCGAGUACAGGCCGACGUUGCAUGAGUUCUUUGAGAAGCGCGUCGCGAACGAAAAGGCCGGAAAGAGGGAGGACGGCAUUGAACGGUACUGGGCAUUCAAGAACGCUUGGAGCAUGGACGGGCUCCCCGGCAUGCAGCGUGGUCUGCACACCGCGGUGACGGAUAACGUCAAACCUAUCAAAAAGAUGGUUGGGCCUCAUGCGCCCCGGGUCAAUGGACAGUACAAGCCUCAGAGGGUGUUUGUGUUGAGGCAUCUGAUUCUCGCAGCCGUCUUGAGCGCCGUGAGCACGGUCGUGAUGAUGUUCUUCCUACUGAGACUCGUCGGAGUGGAUAUCGAUAUCAAGGAGAUUCUGAAGCGGUGA